AUGCCUGUCAAGACGCAAGCCGAUGUUAAGGAAGACAACCAGCGAAAGCGGAGAGUCCAUAAAAAGUCGCGAAAGGGCUGUCGGAAUUGCAAGCUGCGGAGAGUUAAGUGUGACGAGACAAGACCGCAUUGCUUAAAGUGCAAAGAUUAUGGAUAUGCAUGUAAUUAUGACUCCAAAACACCAGAUCUGGAAUUGAUCUAUUCCGAAACUCCUACAAUUGCGAAAUCGCGGGUUGAACUUGGACAGUCAUCAUGGUCUAUCAGUUCUCCACCAUCUCAACAGAUGACCAGCAUCCCUACCACCUUAGAACCAUUCUGCGUUCUCGGCGAUGACAUCUCGUCCUUUGAGCUUGAUAGACAGAGCCUCGAUCGACUAGAUCGCUUUCGUUACCGAACUGUUCUCACCCUUGGAACGCCAACUGCCGCAGGAGUAUUCCAUGAAUUUGCCAUCUUAAUGGCCUGUGAUCAUCCCUUCCUAAUGCACGCUCUCCAAACCCUCACUGCCUGCCACGAUCGAUAUCUUACCCUCCAACACGCAGCAUCGUCGCGGCGCACAUCAACAGAAGCCUAUCACCUCUCCCGCGCCGCUUCACUCUUCAACCAAAAACUCUGCGCCCCAAUCGCAAACAACGACAAAGAUGCUUUGUGGGCCACCGCAGCACUUCUCGGAAUCGUAGCCGUAUCAUCCAUCGAAGCUUCUUCACCCUACGAAGCAUGGCCCCUCACCUCAUCAGCCGAUACCGAUCUCGACUGGCUACGCAUGAGCGAAUCAAAGAGCGUUAUUUUCGAGCUCACAAACCCCACGCGCAAAGAUAGUAUCUUCCAUGUGGUCUCCGUCGAUUACAAUAACGCGCACUACAAACGCGAUGGGAACCUUGAUCUCUCAUCCCUUCCGACCCAUUUCGUCGAACUUUUCGAUUUAGACGAGCAUUCGACCGUUGUCAAUAAUCCCUACUAUCUAACCCUCAUAUCUCUUCAGCGUAUCAUCAACAUCGAAUGUAAUCGAUCAGCCAUGUUAUCUUUCCUCGGUUUCCUAACCAGUAUGUCUCCCAAAUACAAAAUUCUUCUGAAAAUGAAGGAUCCAAAAGCUUUACUCCUACUCUCAUAUUGGUAUGCGAAAGUUUGGAGGAUAGUCUGGUGGGUAGAACGCAGAGCGAUUCUAGAAUGUCAAGCUAUCUGUAUCUAUCUGGAUAGAUAUCAUAGCGAUGAUUUGCUGAUUCAAGAAUUGUUGUUGUUCCCAAAGCGAGAGUGUGGUUUACUUGUUUAGUGGAAGUUACGGAUGAGACAGACAGCAAUAGAAGUGAGUAGUGAAGACGGAGUCCAAACGAUCUGGCUUCACAUUUGCUUUCAAUCUUGUCGUAGAUAUCAUGAUUGAUCGAAUUCAAAUAACCAAGAAAUUCUCAGAGAACUUUCUGAGUCAUAGUGACUGUGUACUAGGCAAGAACUGAAUUGCAAGGCGCGAUAGUAAGGGGGGCUAGAAUUGAUCAGGUCAUGUUUCGAAUCAAGCAUUCAAUGAAAUUGCUUCAUGAAAAUUUUUCAUUUCCUUGAUUCCAAGCCAUUGCAUUCCUGAAUCCAACCUCGAGCUUCGCGAAAGUUACACGCUACGCAUCUGAAAUUGUCUUAGGGGGGAAAGAAGGAAUGUUGAACAAACGAGGUGGCUUUUGUGACGAAUUUCAAAUUGCAACCUUGCUUCAAAGUCCCAAAAUUUAUGGAUAGAUUUCACUCAAUCAG